CAUAGUGCCUGGCACCCAGGAGCUGCUCAGUAAGUGGCUGCUACCUUAAUAUAUGAGCCGCUUAGGGCACGGAGGGUGAAGAUGUUCUGACGAACCUUCUCGAGCACUCAUCCCAGAUCACCGUGUACCUAAAUGUCUUCACAUGGUGCGUGCAGCUCCCAAGCAAUGGCUCACUUCCCCCGUUCUCACUAGGGAAUGACGAAUGUCUUGUUUCCCCAAAUCUGUGCAUGGCUUGGCCCCUCCCACAAGGAAUCUCAGGGCAGAGGGUGAAUUGUGGGCACCGCGAAGAUGCCUCCAGAAUCAGUCCUUAAGCAGAUUUCCCCGCUAAGCAGCCCCAUCUUCAGGGAGUUGGUUGUGUGACCAGGAUGUGAGACUGUGCCCCUAAGCAGUUGUGUCCAUGCCCCUGUGUCCCCCUGCUCAAACGUGCCUGGGACACAGAACCUCAUUCUGGGAGCUGUGAGGUUCAGCACAGUUUUUCAGGAGCAUGUGAAGAUCUCCAUUCUGUUGUAUUUGGGUUGGUGUGAGCGAGUGUGUGUGUGUGUGUGUGUGUGUGACAAGUACAGCCCAGUGUUCUUGUAUAUGUGCAGAUAUCCUUAACUAGAAUGAUGUGGGGAGUGUUGUGAGGCGGGGCGUGCUUCCCUGUGUAUAUCUUAGGGCUAUAACUGUCGUGGUGUCACGGAGAGUUUAUGUGUUGGCGUCUGUGCGUGUCAAGAUAUGUGUGAGCCUGUGAAUCGUGGGUGCGUGUCUCCGUCGUCCCCAGUAUGAAUGUGUGUGCGCGCAUGCACAGCCACGGCGUGUGCAUCUCUGCGAUGCUGGGCGUGGGUGUGGUGAGAAGGGGAAGAUGUGUGUCACUGUGUCUGUGGGGGUCCUGCCUCUGAGCCACCCCCAGCCCAUCCUCCUCCCCCAGUUCGGUGGCUCCCUCCCAGACAGUGGCCCUGCCCCUUCCCUCUUCUCCCUCCCAACUGUUCUCUGCAGGGGGUGGGGGGAGCUGGUGCUGCCGCCCCCCCUCCCCAUCCAGGCCCCAUAAAUAGCAGCAGAGCUAGAGCCGGAGCUGGCGCCAGCGGCUGGAGCAGCAAGGGAGUCGGGGCCAGGGCCAGAACCGGAGAGAGGACCCCCGCAGCUAGAGCCCAGCGACAUGUCGAACCCUGAGAUGGAAUGGGUGCCUGAGCCCUCAGCCAUGACACUGGGGGCCUCUCGGGUGGAGCUUCGGGUCUCCUGCCAUGGCUUGUUGGACCGAGACACACUCGCCAAGCCCCACCCUUGCGUGCUGCUCAAGCUCUACUCUGAGGAGCAGUGGGUGGAGGUGGAGCGCACAGAGGUGCUGCGCUCCUGCUCCAGCCCGGUCUUCUCCCGGGUGCUGGCCCUCGAGUACUUUUUUGAGGAAAAGCAGCCCCUGCAGUUCCACGUGUUUGACGCCGAGGAUGGAGCCACCAGCCCCAGCAACGACACCUUCCUGGGCUCUACAGAGUGCACCUUGGGCCAGAUUGUGUCACAAACCAAGGUCACUAAGCCACUGCUGCUGAAGAAUGGGAAGCCUGCGGGCAGGUCCACCAUCACGAUUGUGGCCGAGGAGGUGUCUGGCACCAACGACUAUGUGCAGCUCACCUUCAGAGCCCACAAGCUGGACAACAAGGAUCUGUUCAGCAAGUCUGACCCUUUCAUGGAGAUCUAUAAGACCAAUGAGGACCAGAGUGAGCAGCUGGUCUGGAGGACUGAGGUGGUGAAGAACAACCUGAACCCCAGCUGGGAGCCAUUCCGCCUGUCCCUGCACUCCCUAUGCAGCUGUGACAUCCACCGGCCUCUCAAGUUCCUGGUGUAUGACUAUGACUCAAGUGGGAAACAUGACUUCAUUGGAGAGUUCACCAGCACCUUCCAGGAGAUGCAGGAAGGAACGGCAAAUCCUGGACAAGAGAGGCAGUGGGACUGCAUCAACCCCAAGUAUCGGGACAAGAAGAGGAACUACAAGAGCUCGGGGACCAUAGUGCUGGCCCAGUGCACGGUGGAAAAGGUACACACCUUCCUGGAUUACAUCAUGGGUGGCUGCCAGAUCAGCUUCACGGUGGCCAUUGACUUCACAGCCUCCAAUGGGGACCCAAGGAGCAGCCAGUCCCUACACUGCCUCAGCCCCCGCCAGCCCAACCACUACCUGCAGGCCCUGCGUGCAGUGGGAGGCAUCUGCCAAGACUAUGACAGUGAUAAGCGGUUCCCAGCGUUUGGCUUUGGGGCUCGAAUCCCUCCCAACUUCGAGGUGUCCCAUGACUUUGCUAUCAACUUUGAGCCUGAAAAUCCUGAAUGUGAAGAGAUCUCAGGGGUCAUCGCCGCCUACCGUCGAUGCCUGCCCCAGAUCCAGCUCUAUGGCCCCACCAACGUGGCCCCCAUCAUCAACCGCGUAGCAGGGCCAGCCCAGCGGGAGCAGAGCACUGGCCAAGCCACGAAAUACUCAGUGCUGCUGGUGCUCACAGACGGCGUGGUGAGUGACAUGGCUGAGACCCGCACUGCCAUCGUGCGCGCUUCCCGCCUGCCCAUGUCCAUCAUCAUCGUAGGCGUGGGCAAUGCCGACUUCACCGACAUGCGCCUGCUAGAUGGUGACGAUGGCCCCUUGCGCUGCCCCCGAGGGGUGCCUGCGGCGCGAGACAUCGUCCAGUUCGUGCCCUUCCGGGACUUCAAGGAUGCCGCACCCUCUGCGCUGGCUAAGUGCGUCCUGGCUGAAGUGCCCCGGCAGGUGGUGGAGUACUACGCCAGCCAAGGCAUCAGCCCUGGAGUGCCCAGGCCCUGCACACCGGCCACGACCCCCAGCCCUAGCCCGUGACUUCUUCCCAGCGGACUGACACUCCCUCAGCCUCUCAGUGAGUCCUGGGGGCCCAAAGGUGCCUGUCCUGACCCUUGUGACUCCAGUGAUCAUUGCCUCUCCCUCUUGGAUCAGCUGUGCCCCCUGAAUCCUGGAAGCCAGUGGAGAACCCUGCCCCAUCUCUCCAGGCCCCAUAGCUGUCAGCCUAGUGGCCCCUCAAUGACUCUUCAGUGAUCCUGACUUUCUGGCCAUUAAUAAAGGGAACCACUCCUAGCACCUCAGCCUCUAGCCAUUAUGUCUCAGAUGCCCAUUGAACCGCCUGUAGUUCCCACAAACACCAUUAAGAAAUGAAGACCAGCACCUUUCAAAAACUGGGCCAGAGCUCAUCAGACAGCCAGAUGCCUCUAGUUUUACCCCAACUAUUUACCAGUGAGAUCUGAGGAACCCUGAUCCUCAUCUCCCAACCCCGGGGGGCCCAGGCACCAUGGGGGUUAAUCACUGGGUGGGGGACAUAAUAAGGGGCUGUCAAGGGGGCAGGCUAAUGCCUUUUUACAGCUGUCUCCAGAGAAGCUCAGCUGAGUGCCCAGGGGCUGAACUCCAGCCCCCACACAGCUGUGGAGUGGGGCCCAGAAGGAGUGUGUGGGGACUGAAGGAGGGCAGCAGGUCUGCUAGUGAAUUGUGAAUACAAAGGGGGCAUUUGAGGUCCGAGCUGCCUGGUUUUCCUGGUGUGUAAAUGUGUGUGUGUGUUUGUGCACUGCACAUCCCUGAUUCUCCAUGGGUGUGGCCUUAGUGGUUCAGGAAGUCCAGCUGUGUACUCUUAAUAACAUUAAUAGCAGCACAUACUGUUUGGCUAAAGAAGAAGCGGUAGGCCUGGAACUUCAUGCUACUUCUGUGUGGGAUGUAUCUGUGUGACCAUCAUCUUGUGACCCAAUAUUUAUCUGUGGCCUGAUUGUGUGUAUGAGUGCAUGACCUGUGGAUGGGUGUCUCUACCUGUGUGUGUAUGCCUCAGCCUCCAUCAAGUAAAGUGUGCAAGAACAGUAGUGGGUCUGACUUGCAGCUCCAAAGAGCAGAUGAGACCCUUGUGAGAUCCAGAGUGAAGGAAGAACUGGGCUCCUAAAGGGACCCUCCCUGUCCCAGCCUCUCCCUUCAAUAAUGUGUGUGGAAGGGGAUGCAGGAGGAGAGGCUAAAGGUGCCAGGAGCCAGCCACAGCAAGAGUGAGUAGCCAGUAGUCAAUAGCCAAUGGCCAAUAGCCAGUGGUGGGAAAAGGAAAGGGGAAGGGAAAGAACUCCUUGAGGGUGGGGGCGAUGGAAGAGAGGCCUCCCACUGCAGGCUCCUGAGUGGAGGAGGGACAAGCCUGGGCUAGAGGAGGGGAAGGAAGGGACAAGAACUGGAAUGGGAAGAAGCAGCUGGAGAGGGGGUGGAUAGAGGGGCCAGAAAGGAAGAGAGACAUAUGGGAGCCUCUUCUCCCACACCCGAUUGAUUCUCCCAUUUAUUAUGUCCCUUAGAGUACCUGAUGAGGUUGCUGCUCCCAGUUCAAUGCCUCUGAUCUACCCAGAUUCCCCACCCACUCCCACCAUAGGCUGCUGAAGCAGAGGGCUGGAUUACCAUGGCAACUGUAAGGCCUCAGGAUAGCUAUAAACAGGCCUGGCCCUGUCACUGAUGCUCCUGGGCUUCUGUCCAGUGGUGGUGGGAGGGGGAGUCUCCAUCUGGCCCAAUCUCCACCCCUCCACCCCAUUUUCAUUAGGCCUUCAGAACUGAAAGGCACCACUCAACCCAGUUAGGGGGCUUCCCAGUUUCUCUCUCUCUCUCUCUCUCUCUCUCACACACACACACACACAAGUCUGGAGCAAGGAUAAAAAAUGAACACCUCUUAAAUUGCAAAAACAUUAGCCAAUAGCAUAAAGUUCUGCCCAGACUUCAAGUUUAAUUCACAAAAGCUGUGUUCUCUCAGCUCCUUGUCAUGCUGGGGAAAGUCUCGCCUCAGCCUCAGAAAGGCAGGAGAUAGCAGGAUCACCUUAUGCAGAUCUGGAGGCCAAGGCAGCCUGGACUCAUCCACUGCCAAGGCUGCAGCCAGGAAGCUGGAGCAGGACAGGAACUCCCUUUGGUGAGGUUGUCUUGGGGAGAUCAUUGGACUCCCACACUAACGAGAUG